UAAUGCACCCCGGCUGUACUCCGUGCUAGGCUUCUCUCUGCGCCCUGGGAGUGUUUCCCAUUUAAACAAACACUGCUAGCGCGGAAGAUGGCGGAGCGUUCAGAAGUGGCUUAAAAGGAAAUUGGUGUGUUUGAAGUGGACACGUAUUAACCCGCGGUGGUGGCCUUGCUGAAGCUGUAGAUGCCCUCUGUGAAUAGGUCUUUAAUCAGAGUUUCUACAUUGGCACUCAAAGGAUGUGAGGUGGAACGGAGUGGAUGUCAUCAUUCUCCACUGCUGCAAAGGUGCUGAUAUGUGUUGAAGAUGAGUGGACCAGGGGAGAACUCUUUGGAGUCAUUGGGCUACGACCGGAAACGGAAACUCUCCACUUGUGACACACCAGGACUUGGGUGUGAUAAGCGUCGGAGAGAACAAGAGUGUAAGUACAUCGAGGAGCUCGCUGAACUCAUCUCAGCGAACCUCAGCGACAUAGAUAACUUUAACGUCAAACCGGACAAAUGCGCCAUCCUUAAAGAGACAGUACGCCAGAUACGUCAGAUUAAAGAGCAAGGAAAGGGUUCGUGUGGCGAUGAUGAUGUCCAAAAGGCAGACGUGUCCUCUACGGGUCAGGGGGUUAUCGACAAGGACCAUCUGGGACCUCUGUUGUUGCAGGCGUUGGAUGGCUUCCUAUUUGUGGUGAACCGAGAGGGAAACAUCGUGUUUGUGUCUGACAACGUGACUCAGUAUCUACAGUACAAGCAGGAGGAGCUGAUCAACACCAGUGUCUAUAACAUCCUGCAUCAGGAGGACCGUGAGGAGCUGCAGAAGAACCUGCCCAAAGCCAGUGGAGCAAAUGGUGUUUCGUGGACAGGAGAUUCUUCUCGUCAGAAAAGCCACACCUUUAACUGUCGGAUGCUGGUGAAGUUCGGGCAUGGAGGCCCCGGCGCAGAGGACGGAUCAGGAAGGCCACGUUAUGAGACCAUGCAAUGUUUCGCUCUUACCCAACCUAAAGCCAUGAUGGAGGAGGGUGAAGAUCUGCAGUCUUGUAUGAUCUGUGUGGCACGGAGAGUGACCACAGUGGAGUGCACGGAGAGGUUCAUCACCAGACACGAGCUCUCAGGUAAGCUGAUUGAAAUUGAGCAUCAAAGCACAUUACACACCACUAUGCGUCCUGGUUGGGAGGAUCUGGUGCGCAGGUGUUUGCAGAUGUUCCUGCAUCACAGUGAAGGUCAGCCCUGGUCCUGUAAACGACACUACCAGGAGGCUUGCAUACGUGGUCGAGCAGAGACUCCACUGUACCACUUUUCCCUUUCUGAUGGGACUCCAGUAACUGCACAGACACGCAGCGAGCUCUGCCGAAACCCAAAUACCAACGAUCCUCACAGCUACCUCUCCACUCACCUACUGCAGAGAGAACAGAAUGUUUUCAGGCCAAACCAGGGAGGUGUAAUGCGUUCCCAGGGACUGGGUGGUGCCAACCAUAAUUCCCAAAUGAACAUGACUCCUGGUGGGCAGAUGGGCAUGGGCAAUACCAGAGGCUACGGCAUGAAUGACUCAGGGCAUAUGGGUCCUAGAGGAGGCCCCAUGUAUGGCCCUGGGAACAGAAUGAAUCAGAUGCACCAGAUGAAUCAAAUGAACCAGAUGAAUUCCAUGAACCAGGUAAACCAGAUGAAUGCAAUGAACCAGAUGAAUCAAAUGAGUCAGAUGAAUCCUAUUAAUCAGAUGAAUCAAAUGGGAUCAAUGAACCAGAUGCACCAGCUGAACCCCAUGAAUCAGCUUAACCCUAUGAGUCAAAUGAAUCAGAUGGGGCAUCCUGGAAUGAAUCAGCACCCACAGCAGUUCCAUAGUGGAGGGUAUGGGCUGGGCAUGACCAGUCCAUCCCAUGGUAGCCCAGGUAUGAACCCAUCUCAACAGAACAUCAUGGGCUCUCCACGGAUACGAGGAAGCCCAAAGAUGGGAGCCAGCCCCUUCUCUCCAGGAGGUAUGCACUCUCCUAUGGGGCCUGUUGGAAUGUCUGGCAGUAGUGGCCCCUCUGGUGGCAGCACUUUUUCAAGCAGCUCCUUAAAUGCCCUACAGGCCAUCAGUGAGGGAGUAGGCUCUUCCCUCCCCUCCACUCUCACUUCGCCUUCACACAAAUCAGACCAUUCCCCCAGCAUCAACUCCACUCAGCCUGGUCAACCAAACUUGUCUGGCGCCAAUAAAGGGCCUAAUACGGGCGAAACGAAAAGCCCUGCUAAUACUCCUAACACAGGAACGGACCAGCAACAUGUGAAUACAUCAGAUACCUCGACAGAUAAGCCAGAUAGUCAGUGCAACAAAGAUGGCCAGACUGGAGCUGAUAUCCAGCGGAAGGGUCCAGAAGGCAAGGGCCAUAAGAAGUUACUCCAGCUGCUUACAUCUCCACCGGAAGAUCUUGCCUUGGGAGGAGGAACCGGCGCACCCCCUCCUGGACGUGCUUCCACUCCCAUUGGUGCUGACUCAAAAGAGGCCGGAGUUAGUAUGACGAGCCCGUCUUCCACAGGUGUAUCUUCAUCAUCAUCAUCUGCUUUAUCAGGCGGUAACACAUUGCAGCAUGGAUCAGGAUGCGUGUCAUCUACAGGCUGUAUGAGUAGCCAUCUCGCCGGUCAUACGCUGCAGGAGAAGCACAAGAUUCUCCACAAGCUCCUGCAAAACGGCAACACGCCAGACGAGGUUGCGCGCAUCACCGCUGAGGCCACAGGGAAGAUUACCCUUGGUUCGGAACAACAGGGCCCAGAAGGCUUAGGGUUGGAGGUCAAGCAAGAGCAGCACAGUCCAAAGAAAACAAAUGCUCUGCUCCAUUAUCUUCUGAACAAGGAUGAUACCAAAGAUACUGGAAUUGAGAGCAAACCAGGGCUAGAUGAGCUAGAGGGUCGUGGGGUUAACACAGUAGGUGUUGCAACUACGGACUCCAUCAGCCAGGAACGCCAGAUCAAAACCGAGCCGCCUGAUGAGUUGCAAAGUCUGCAGAGCAUUCUAGGAGGUUUAAAACCUGCUUCCGGGAUGUUUACUGAUUCCGGAAGCACAGACGGAGAAAAUAAGAAAGGGAAUGGACCCAACAACACUACGCAUGACCGUGAGGGUGCAGGGAUGGGCCCAGGGCCUCGAGUGCCCUUCCAGAGAGCAAUGUCUGUGGACAGUAAACCUUUUAGUGGUGCAAGAGGGACGGGCAGGAGAAGUGCCCCCACCUCUCUCAUUAAACAAGAAAGCUUGGACAGCCACAUAGGCAUGGGAGGUCUUAACAGGCAAAUGGGCAUGAACCAGAUGCCACCUAUGAUGGGUUCAGGUGAUUGGAGGAUACCAGGCUCUGGGGCCAGUCCAGGGGGGUCUAACGGGCACCCAGGGAUGGGUUGUCCAGGCAUGGAUCCAAAUCCCAAGGGAAUGAUGGGAGGUUCCAUGAUGAACCGGUCAAACAGUGUACCAACACCCAGAUCUAUGCUACAGCAGCAAUUAAUGGAUAUGGGUCAAAAUGAGAUGGGGAUGAACACUUUCAGAGGGCAGCCACAUCCUCCUCAGUCUCCAUCAUGGCCUGACUGUGGCAUAAGUAUAGACGGACCCCCUAAUGCAAACAGCUUGCCAUUCAACAACCCCUUGGACGAUCUGCUUGCUCCUCCAUCCACCACUGAAGGGCAAAGUGACGAGCGAGCUCUGCUCGACCAGCUCGACUCCCUCCUUAACAACACCGACAACCUCGGCUUGGUGGAGAUCGAUCGAGCUCUUGGGAUCCCAGACCUCGUCGGCCAGGGCCAAAGCACCGAUCACCCGGCAACUCCUACAGAUGCUUUCCCAGGUCCAUCUCCUGAUUCAUCCAUGAGUAUGGAUCAUAAGGUCAUGUAUGGACCAGGUUAUCCUGGUCCACCAUCAGUGGGCAUUCAGGGAGGGUAUGGACCCGGACAUGGUCCUGCUCCUGGUCAAGCUCCUGGUCCCGGUCCUGGUACCGGCCCAGGUCCGGGUCCUAUGCAGAGUCAUCCAGGACCAGGAUUUAACCCAAUGAUGCAGCAGAUGGGUGGGAUGGUGGGCAUGAACCCACGUGCUGCCAUGAUGCGUCCACGCAUGGUGAAUGCUAAGCAGCCGCUCCGACUGCAUCUACAGCAGAGGCUUCAAGGACAGCAGUUUAUGAACCAGAACAGACAGGGUUUGGCGAUUAAAAUGGAGAAUGCACCAGUGGCAAAUCCUGGCCUGAGGCCUGGCAUGCAGCCUGGCAUGCAACCUGGCAUGCAGCCUGGUAUGCAACCUGGCAUGCAACCUGGCAUGCAGCCUGGCAUGGGAGGACAGCCGAGUUUUCUGAACGCUCAAAUGAUGGCUCAGCGAAAUCGAGAGCUGACCCAGAUGAGAAGGCAGAGGAUGAUGAUGAUGAUGCAGCAGCAGGCUGCAGCUGGAGGCUUCAGCCCGCCUCCUAAUGUCACUGCUCCCUCUGGCAUGGACAACCCCAUGGGAGGAACACCUAUGAACCAGCCUGGUCAACAGCCAUUUAACUAUGGAGGAAACUACGCUAUGGGCCAGCAGGGUGACCCCUCGUUCAUGGGCACCGGUAACAGCCCUCCUAAUAUGAUGGCUGGACGUAUGGGAGGCCCACAGAAUCCCAUGAUGCAACAGCACCCUCAGAGUGGCCCCAUGUACCAGUCAGCAGAUAUGAAGGGAUGGGCACAAGCUGGCAUGCCCAUGAACAAUUCAUACCCUCAGCAACAACAGCAGCAGCAGCAAUUCUCCCAGCAGGGGGCACCAGCGCAGUAUGGGGGCAUGAUGAUAAAUGGAGCCAUGCAGGGAGGAGUGAACGGGCCAGGGCAGAUGAUGCCUAUGCAAGGGCAGAUGGGCAUGAACCCCAUGGGCAUGGGUCGCAUGCCACUGGGUCCUGACCAGAAAUACUGAAGCAGAACACCGUUUCAACAAGAGAGUAAAGUUGAGCAGAGUCAUGUCGAACCCUGAGAAAACCCUGACCGCAGACAUGCAACAUCGUCUAGCUCCAGCUGGACAAGCUGGACAUGAGACAGAGGAAUUGUCCACAUCACUGUGCAUUUGUGUAUGCCCCUAGAAUAGUAUUUGAGUGCAACGCUCUGUCCGUCUGCAGCCAAACUCAUGCUCUUUUGUGAAGCUGUCUCUCUCUCUCUCUGACUGUGUGUGUGUGUGUGUGUGUGUGUGUGUGUGUGUGUGUGUGUGUGUGUGUGUGUGUGUGUGUGUGUGUGUGUGUGUGUGUGCGUGCGUGCGCGUGUGUGCGCGUGUGUGCGCGUGCGUGCGUGCGUGCGUGCGUGUGUGUAAUGCUGUACUUCACCACCAGAGGGUGGUUUUCUCUUGCUGUGGAACUGCCCUGGUGCUGGGUGGGGAUGCACUUUAUCACAAGGCAAAUAAGGAAAAGAAUAUCUGCAAUAUGUCUUGCUCGUUCUAGCCUUAUUUAAAGACUCUCUGUGCAGAAACAACCUUCUCGGUAACAAUACCUUGCUUUCAGGACAGACUGCUCCAGUUCCCCACUAUAUGCAGCUACGAGCAAUAAACCUCUACUUUAUGCCAUAUAUGUUAAAAUGGUGCACCAUUAAAUUAACAGAGCAAAAGGUACUGCAGUAUUAACUGGGCUUUUUGUUUUAUAUGUGAAUAAGAACAGACUUGUACAUGCUGUACGCUCCAAAUGUAUCAUAUGUGCCCUUAUUAUAUACUGUACAUUUUUGCACAGAUUUGGCCCAUGUUAAGGUCCAGCAUAUUAUAUUUUAGGUCAAUAUUGCUUUGGGUGUUAAUUCUAUUUUAACUUUCUCAAAGGGAAAACAUUUUUAAAAGAUUUUUAUCUUUUCUGAUCUAGCCUUGUUUUCUUUACAGUAUUGCAGUGAUGAUAGACAUUUGUUUUGGGAGGGCACUUUCUUUCUUUGGAAAUUAAAUGGAUAAAUCCUACCGGAUCAAGCAGUUACAUUAAGAGGACAUAACGGUUUUUGUUUGUGUUUUUAUCUGUACAUUUUAUGGACAAAGACGAUUAUUUGCUCAGCCUUUCUCUGUGAGCUAGCUGUUACUAUCAUCGAUGGUUUCACUUUUAAGCGCUGGGACUUUAUAAAUCUACCUUUAAAAAAUUGCACAAUCCAAAGAUAUAGAUGUUUCAUUGCUUUGCUGAAAUUUUAACCUUACCAGUAGUCUUUUUUUGUGUGUGAAUCAACAGAGUGCAAGGUACAUAUCAUAUAAGUUUAUUAUGAUUUUGUACUACAUGCUGUACCCAACCAAUGUAAUACUUUGUUUUCAAGGCCAGUUCAUAGAGCAUUUUUUUUUUUUUUACAAGAUAUAACAAACAAACCGUUAACAUAUCAGUCUUUUCUGUCCAAGCAUUCUUAAAAUCUUUAAGAAAGAAAUCAAUUUGUCUCUUUUAUUUUAAAGUAGAAUAUGUUGGAUCAUCAUGAAAUAUAUUUGGAAAUAAGAAAUCAGAAUGUUUUGAGUUUUGGGCAAGGGUCUGAUUAAUUUAUGUGGACAAGGGAGCGAAUAAGCUGAUGUUUUACCGGAUGUAAAUCGCAAUACAAUUUAUUCUUUUCCUUGUUGUUGAUAUUGUUGUAAAUAAAAUUUAUAUUUAAACAUGA